CGCGUCAAAGAGCUAGAUGUGAUCGGCAGUGUUUCCGUGUUAUUUUCAAGUGGUUGGGCUGGUUUUCUAAUCUGAAACUGUCAAAAUGCAUUUCCCAACAAGCUGCAUUACUGUUUUGCUCACUUUGUUAAUCCUACCAACUUCCUCAUGGAACCCUUAUGAGAUUCUUGGGGUGGAACAAAAUGCUGAUUCUUCAACUAUAAAAAAGGCAUACAAGCAAAGAGCCAAAGAGUGGCAUCCAGAUAAGAACUCCGCUCCAGAUGCUGAGGAAAAAUUUGUUGAAAUCAAGACAGCCUAUGAGGUUCUGUCAGAUCCAGAGCGCCGCAGGAACUAUGACAACACAGGCCGCACAGAGGAGACCCCUAACUUCCGACAGCCACCCCGCGGCCAUCCGUUCUCACCAGAUGACCUGCUGCAUCACUUUGCCUUCCGCCGGCACGGCACCAUGCUCUUCCACAAGCAGUCCAUCACACUCAGGCAAUACGAGAACAAGGUGCUGCCGUCGAGUCGGACGUCACCCACGCUGCUGCUGGCCUUCUCGGAGUGGUGCUUCAGCUGCGUCCAAAUGGAGCCCGUCUGGGCCACGCUCUCCGAGGAGCUGGGCAACGUCGGCAUCGGCGUCAGCACGGUGCACGCCGAACAUGAGCGGGAGCUGGCAGGGCGGCUGUCGGUGGACUCACUGCCCCGAGUGUUCCUCGUGCUGGACGGACGGGUGGUGCGCUACCCCCGGGACGAGUUCAGCUUCGCUCUGGUCAUAGACUUUAUCCGUUCGAAGAUGUCUCCGGGGCUGUUCACUUCUCUGACGCCCAGUAACGCCGACACGUUCCUGGCCGGCUGGACGGAUAACCGGGUGCGGCUGGUUCUGUUCAGCCAGAGACCCGAGCCACGGCUGCGCUACAUCACACUGGCCUACAAGUUCCGCGCUUCGGCCGCCGCGGCAUACGUGCCAACACUGUCAGCCGACUCGGCACCUCUGCUGGCCACCUACGGAGUACCGGCGCGCGCCGAGACGCUGCUGGUGCUGAAGGAGGCGCCGAACGCGCCGGCCGCCACCCUCAGCAUGGACCAGCUGCCCUUCAACACCAUGGUGGAUGUGGUGGAGAAGAACCGGUUCCUGGUGCUGCCGAGGCUGUCUUCGCAGUCCGUGCUGGACACGCUCUGUCCCACCGAGGCCUCCCGCGCACGGCGCCACCUAUGCGCCGUGCUGGUGGCACGCUCCGGGGACCCCCAGACGGCACGCCAGGCGGCGCUGCGGGAACACGUGUGGACCGCCCGGCUGACCAGCCCACGGCUCCGCUACGCCUAUAUCUACAUGGACAAACAGGCCAAGUUUCUGGAUAAUCUGCUCAAAGAGUCGUCUCCGGAGGACCCGGUGGGCCACGUACUGAUUCUCUGGCGUCAGGACAGCAAACGGGUCCAGUACGACUGGACCGAGGACCAAUGGGAGACCAAGCCGGACCGCGUGAACCAAUCGGUCCGCCGGCUGGAGGACCGGCUGCGGCUGCUGCUGACCAGCACCGAACUGCUGCCGCAUCAGACCACCGUGCAGGAGCUGGUGGACGAGCACGCGCACCCGCUGCUGCGCCGGAUCGCCAGCCGGCUGUACCACCUGUGGGAGUACGUGCUGGACCGGCUCAGCCGCGACGAGGUGGUACCGGCCGUCUCCGUCGUGGCCACCAUCGUCUUUCUCAUCGCUGGGGGAUACCUCAUGGCCUACCUGGUUAAGAUGGAGGAGGAGUCCAUCCAGAGCCGGUACCGAGCCGAGGGGCGCACCCCGCCCACCCGGUCUGGCACGGGCACCGCUCAGCUGCGGGUCCAUGAGAUGCGCGUGGAGACGUACAACGGCCUGGUGCGCCUGCUGAAGCCCGGCUGCCGCACCAUCGUACUGCUGGUGGAUGCCGACAGCAAGGCCAACCUGCUGGCGCGCUUCCACCGCAUCGUCUGGCCCUACAGGAAGAACAAGUCGCUGAUGUUCGCGUUCGUGGUACUGGAGCGCGGACUGGAGUGGUACCGGCGUCUGCUGAUGCCCAGCCUACCGGACAACCAACAGCUCAACAUCAACCCGAAAAACUGCAUCGGCACCGUGCUCAGCAUCAACGGCUACCGCAAGUACUUCUGCAUGUAUCACGCCAAGCACGCUGAGGUGGGCGGAAAGGCGGGCGCUCGCCGGCGCCGCACGGCCAAAGGGGGCGCCACCGGCGGCGGGGAGUUUCUCGGCUUUGAUGAGGACGACAGCAGCAGCUCGGACGUGGAGACGGGAGAAAAGAGAGAGCAUAGGACUGCCCGGGCGGCUCUCAGUGACGAGGUACUGUUCGAGGAGCACCUGCUGGACGGCCUGGGCGGCUGGCUGGAUCGACUCUUCGAGGGGCAGACGGUCCGCUACCACGUCAAGUACUGGCCAGACUUCACCGGCAAGUAGGCAGGCUACGGCUACAGAUCCGUGCGACUGGCUCGCACGGCUGACUGCGGAUCUUGGCUGUACGGAUCCUAUUUGUUCGACACUUAUCCGUAUGGCUCCAGAAUGUAUGAAAAGGCUCACACGGUUCGGUAAGUCUGUAUGGCUCCGGAGUGUACGGAUCUUGCUUGUAUGGAUCUGGUCCGUACGAUUGUUCUCCGUGUAAUUAUAAUCCGUAUGACAUCGGAUAGCUUCGGCGACAGUGGGAAUCGGAUGCCGCUUCAUACGCUGGUUUGGUGUAGUUAGGAGGAAGGUGGGAGCUAGUUUCAUAAUCGGCCCUGCCACUCAGUCAGGGAAUAACAGCUGAGAACGGAACAACUUAGUCAUUUAGGCAUUGUGACGUUAAGUCGCCAGAGACUGAUUUGUUGCGAGCCGAUCAGCCGCCAAGAAUCGUGUGACUCGCAGGGUCACGCUCACGCUCUCCGCCCUAGCCUUCCCUCUCUCCGACCUGUCUGCCGUAGCGCUGCUGGGGCAUUUUGCGGCUCCUCCUCAGUCGCUCAGUCGAUGACCGAAGCCAGGUGGCGGGGCGGCGGAUACGAGUGGAGACACUUACUGAACCACAAUACUUUGGUCUCCCCGCGCGUUCGUGAUAAGGUUGCCGGCCCCGUUUGGUCGACGUAUGUUGGUGGUGGAGGUAUACCAAAGGUGUUGUGUGUUCGGUGCCGGUGUUCGGGUCCUUGUGUGCCGAGGUCCAUGUCACAGUAUCGGACCGAUGGGGAUCUCUGGUCGGUGUGAAUUUGUCUGGAGAAGCGAGCAUUCGCCGCUGGAGGGUCUAGGCGGUAAGCUCAUUAGUCCAGUACGUAUUUGUAAGUGACACUGAUUAACGUUGAGUAAUUUAGUGAUGGACUGUUGAGCGGCAUUUAUCCACCAACGCGGCACGGCUCUCAAGGCGACAUCUAUUGUUCAGACAGUGAAACCGAGUUUGUAUGUCGGGUAAGACUGUUGCAUCUCUGGCUAGAUGUUAUACAGCAAGUUGUAUUUACUAUUUACAAGUCAGGUACGCAUGAGAUUGACGUUGCAUAUAGCUUGAUUGGGCCAUUUGCAGAUAAAUUUUAGACAUUAAAGCUUCCUCACUCUUUAAGCUUCGUAUAUGUUACAUUUCCUACUCUAAGCUUCUUGUAUAAUCGUCGAUUCCAAUUUCCAUGCGUCAGUCUCAUAACAUGACCUUAAUAUAAUAACAGUUAUAGCGACCAGGAUAUCCAAUCAUGUUAAAACAUUUCAUUCCAAGCUAAGGACCCAUUUCCUCCGCUCCCCUGUUGAGUAAGAGGCAGGAGCAUCUCGCUCCUGACGCUUACUCAACAGGCAUUUGAACCCGUUAAUUGCAGCGAGCCGCGAAUGUGUUGCUUUCUUGUUAAGCAAUAAGACAUUUCCCGAUUCUGACGUUAAGCGGCAAGCCCGUUGUAUCGCCAGUGAUAUGAUGGCCGAUAAUGAGUUUGUCAUUAGUUAAUGCUACGUUUAGUUAUUCUUGAUAGCCAGCAAAAGCUUGUAUACCAAAUGCCUCACUGUCUAUUUCUAAGCCGGUGUACUCAAUGAUAAUGGUGUACUCUCAAUAAGCCGGUAUUUGACCGCACCGUGCAAUGGUCUUUGAGCCAAGACAUAAUCACCACCGCAAUCUGUUAUUGAUGUUAUCCCACCUUAAAUGGCGAUGUGAAUAUGAGAUCGAUGCUCCGAUGCACAAUUAUGCUUCGGUGCGUGACGUUUCCGUAACUGGUCAAUGACAUUGUAUGGUCUGAUGUUGCCAUAUUGUACGAGUAUGUCAUGACACCACGGAUGUGUGCACGCUUGUCCGGUCGAUUUUUACGAUGACCAAGCUGCUCGUCUUGUCAGCUACGCCGACGUCUUGCCGAGUCUGAUUCCCGAAUCGUCUCACGUCGCCUCCGUAGUCUCCGUCUGCAUGCGCCAGAUUUGUAACACGGCUGGCCCGGCGCGGAGCUGUGGCCUCCCGCUCCCCCACGCGCGCGUGCAUGGGUUUAUGUACCACCUCCACUCUCUAGUCAGUACACGACAGUGGUCCUGGCUGCUCACAUUAUACUAGUCAAAGCGGGCCGAUUCUGGUCGCGUCGCCAAACUAUACAGGCACCAAUGUUAUAUUAUGUGGUGUCCGAGUUAGCGUGUCUGGGUUGUGUGUUUCGCGUUAUCGGUUUGGUUUUGAUUCAUAUCCAUCUGGUCAAAUAUACUACCGAAUGUA